GCAAAGCUUCAUAUUUAUAGAAUAGAAAGAAUAAAAGAUGGUAGAUUCGGCCAUCCUCAAAACGACAGCGUAUUUGGAAGAGCUGGCCAAAGAAAGAAGCCAUGCCCACUUUCCCGGUUUAAUCCUCCAAGGCCUUCAAGUAAUCUAUGUUGGAAAAGGGAUCGUACGGUGUAAAUUGGUGGUAACACAUCGCGUUUUGACCGAGGACAGGACUUUUCACACCGGAGCCAUUGCGACGCUGAUGGAAUUGAUGGGAGCCACCGCGGUGUACUCAGCCGGAGGAUCUCAUGUUUCGGUUGAUCUCAACUACUCGUUAUAUUCGACGGCCAAGUUUCAAGUAAGGAUAGAAGCAAGAGUGGUUGGGAAGAAAGGAGAUCUAAACUCAGUAGUAAUUGAGAUUCGAAGAGAAUGUGAUGAAGAACUCAUAGCCACAGGUAGAUUAUGGAUGAGGAUAUUGAUGACACCAUUUAGCAUCAAUGUCAAACACAAUGGUUUUGAUCAAGUUAGUAAGCUUUGA